CCAUCUGGUUCUGACCGUACUUAAAUGGGAGCUGGGACCGGCUGACACUUUCAAAGCAGCAACUCGCCAGGUCUCCGACUUUUACCGACGACACGUAAACUCAACAUUCACCUGUAGCACAUCGUCAGUUCGUUCUUACAGACAUGGCUCAUUCCAAACCGCUGCUCAUCCCAUGGCUGCGGGCUCAGAUUGACAGCUGCAGGUAUCCUGGUGUCCAGUGGACCAACCCGGAGCGGACGGAGUUCUCAGUCCCAUGGAAACACGCUUUGAGGCAGGAUUCCUGUGACACCGACAUACUUAUCUUUAAGGCCUGGGCGGAGGUGAGCGGCAACGGCCGAGCUCAAGGAGAGGCCUCCGUCUGGAAGAGGAACUUCCGCAGCGCUCUCCGAGCCAAAGGCUUCAAAACGCUGGACGACAACAAGAACGACCCCGCGAACCCCCACAAAGUGUUCCGCUUUCCAGAGGGGGCAGCAGCCGGCCGUUCCGCUGCGUCCCAGGACCAAGAGGACCCCACUCUGGUUGAGGAUGGCGUUCCAGUGCAAGAUAGCCAGGGUGAACUAUGCAUUGAUGGCAGUCACUACAUUGUGGAAGACGAUAUGUUUACAUCGCCCCCCUUCACAGUCUCCCUCACCGGAGAAGACCUUCUCCAACAGUGUAUGGCGGGAUUGAACAUUGGCCUUGAGCCAGAUGGAACCGCAGGCUUUCUGGCUCCUCCUGAGCAACAGCAGCUCCAGAACGCGGGCGUGAUUGGUGGACACCCGUUGCCGGGGCAACAGCAGUAUCCAGUCACGUUUAAGGGUGCAGGCGGCGAAGCUGGGUUGCCUGAGCAACCGGCACAUCUGAUGGAGGGAGCCGAGGGGGGGGUUGGCAAUGAGCAAGUGGCUCGUUGUUUCGUACGUACCGUGAACAAGACCGUCGAUGGAGGGGUUUUCAACACUCAGUUUAAUGUAAAGGUAUACUACAGAGGGGUGAAGGUGUGUGAGCAGCUGGUUACCAAUGAAGCCGGAGUCCGCUUAGUCUACAGGCCCGACCUCCUCGCUCCUGUCGUGGAUCCUGAAUCAGGCCUGACCCUGGUCUCCCUGCCAGGUCCCGCCGCCAUGCUGGAUCAGACCCAAGCCCGUCUGACCCAGUGCAUCCUGGACAGGCUGGACAGCUUGGACGUGGGGGUGUCGGGGCCCGUGGUCUACGGCCAGCGGCUGGGAGAAAUUAAGGCCUUUUGGAGCCUCAGCAAGUUCAACCAAGGCACGGAGCCCCAGGAGGUCCCUAAACACCCGCAGCCACUUUACACUUUACACGACUUCACACAAGGAAUAAUAAAGUUCAUUAACGAUGGAGAAUGCCCUCCAUGCUCCCUGUUCUUCUGUAUCGGGGAGAAGUGGCCCGACCCCAACAACAGGCCUUGGGAGAAGAAGCUCAUCACAGUGGAGGUGGUGCUGACCUCAGUGGAGUUAUUGAAGACCCUAGCGGUUCAGGGCGGCUCCUCCUCCCUGCGCUCAGUGGAGCUGCAGAUAUCGCUGGAAAAGAUGAUGGAAAUGUGACCACGCGCCGUCCCCGUUUCUCCUCGUUCGGCUCCUCGGCUCGUGUCCGACUGGCUGCUGCUGAAGCGCAGCGGCAACCUGCGAAUGACUGCGAACGAAUGCGCUCGAUGCGGUCGAACGGAUCGACUCCACGUCCCAGAUAAACCAGCGGCUGCAUUGGAAAAACACCAGUGACUGUGGGGAAAGUCAUCCUACGGGACUCAUGUUAGUCUGAUCUGUUUAUUUAAGGAUUAAAGGUAGUUCACCACUCAUUUACUGUAGAUUAUUGUACUACAGAGACCACUGGAUACAUCUAUCACAUCAGUGCACACUGACAUUUCAAUAAAAACCACGUUUAUUACCAUUUUUAAUUUAAUCUUAUGGUUGCUAUUUCCCAACAGAACAAUAAAAACUCUUCAAAUAAU